UCGAUACAGAUUUGAUUAACAAAAAUCGUACAGAGCAGGCGGAGAACAAAAAUAUCUGUCAUUAGGAACAUGUCAUACGGAUUCAAAUAAUUAAACCAAGCAGAACAGAACGACAUCUGUGGCUUUUAGUAGGACUGCCAGCGACCUCGAUAAAAUCAUAAACUAAUCAUACCUAUAUUUUGUACAUGGACAAUAUAUUAGUAAAAAAAAAAAGUUAAAUAAAUUUAUUUAGUAUAUCAUGUCCAAGCGACAACGCGAUGGGCUUGAUGGCCCGGCUAAAAGGGCUGCCAAAAAUCGUUUCAAAAAGCUCGUCCGAGUCGUAAUACUUAAUAUGCAGUGGUUAAAUGAUGCCACUGAGGAUACAGGACUUUCGUUGAAUGUGAAAAAGAAUGUGGCCAUGUUAGUGCGUCAAAAGCGCAAAGUUGGCAUGAUGACCAUGGCAGAUAAAUCACUACUGCGCACCCCGCAUUCCACGCGUACCGUCGCAGAUAGAAAGAAGCUGUGCCACAUUGUAGCAAAUCUAGCAUGCUUUUCAAAAUUUUCGCCGAAAGUUCGCGCCCGUCUCGUACCGCAUUUAAAAUUCAUGGCGGUAACGCCGGGACGUGUUAUUAUGAAGGAGGGAGAUUUUCCGGUAACGAUAUAUUUUAUAAUCACCGGAGAAGUGGAAAUGUCAAAGAAUGUAUUUAAUAAGGCAUCCAAGGUCUAUGAAUUGCAAUCGGAGGCUAUCCUAGGACCCGGGGAUUGUAUUGGCGACAUAGAUGUUAUGGAGGACGCACCCAGAACCAACACUUACAUCGCCACGACUAAUUGCGAACUACUGGCCGUCUAUAAUACAAACUACAAAUUGGUACUCCAACCUCAUAUGCAAAAGUUGUGGCAAGAAAAGAAGCAGGCGCUGCGAGCCCUUGACUAUUUUAAGUUUCUAAACGAAGAGCAGAUUGUGAAUGCCAGCAAGUAUGGGUCCAUCCAACAGUUUGAUCCCUUGGAGACAAUAUACACAGGGGAUAUGGGUUCUAUGAGCUUUGUAUACUUUGUUCUUAGUGGCGAGUGCGUCGUGCUACAGUGCCUCCACAUGAAGGUGGACAUGAUCAACAGGGAAAAGGUUUUUGAAUUGGCAAUUGUACCCAAAGGUGAGGCCGGAGCCUUGCAAGACGGUUCAAAGUCCAGUAACAAUGCGUUGUUUGACGUUAACGAAUACAUACAGUCUACUUCAUCGCUGGAUGAGAACAAAGAAAGCAAGAAAAGGGUGCUUCGCAAAAUGGGUUUGAAAGAAAUACAGCGAGCGUGCGCCGAUAUGAAAAGACCGCCACCUAGGAGGUCUACUAAGGAAACAGGACGAUCACGAGCACGCACACGAAUUCGGCUGCGCGAAGUAGAACGCCAGGAAGUGAGGGAUCAGUAUGAGUUGUAUAUAUCUGGCGAGGGCGAAGAAUCCUCUGAGUUUUCCGAGGAUUUGACUGACGAACGAUAUAGUGAGAUUUCCGUCAGGCAAUCGCUGAUUUCACCCCUCGUCAGUGAACCGGAAAAUGUUGAGGCCGAAACAGAGGGAUCAGAAAUAUUCACCGUCUCGAGCAAAUCAAUUCAAACAAGUAUCGUGGAAAUGGAUCGCUCGGGGCACUAUGAAACGCAUUUUAUUGACGUUGGCUCUCUAACCUAUGGCGGGAUAUUUGGGUUGGGCGAGAAAAUGGAUCAUCGUGUAAUUAUGGCAAGAACAACGGUGCAGUGCAUUCUUAUACCACGAUUUUGGCUUUUUGAGCCCGCCCAAAAUCCUGGUAACCUUUGGCAGCGAAAGCGUUUUUAUAUUGAAUGCAAUAUACCAACCAGAGAGGAUUUGUUUAAGGACUUCCUCAAAACACGAAAAUGGGAAAAGUUUAGGCAUGACUAUAUCGAAAGCAUACUAAAUGCCGAUUCCUUGGCCAACUUUACAAAGGUCGAAGAUAUACCAGUUAUAAGUCGCAUUGUGGAGACAAAACCUGACGAAUCUUGAAUUUGCUACACAUUUCUCUUUAUACAUUUACAAGUUUCCAGCUGGUAAUGCGUAUAGUAUUGUUUUCAAAAUUUCUUGGAGCUACGACAGCGAGGUAAAGAUUUUUUCAAUUCGAAUACCUAAAUAUCGCUGAUUUACAAUGGCAUUUAUAUACUUCUGUAUAAGCCUUAAAUGAAAUAUACAAUUAUUAUUCCGAGAAUGCCAAUUAAUUUUUUGUUAAAUAAUCUUUAAACUGCAUAUCUG